AGUUAUCUCGGGGUUUUAGAUCGAGCCCGCGUUUUACCAUGACGGGAGUUGAUGUGAUGUAUCAGCCGUAUGCAUACCCGGCCUACUUCCCUUACCAGCGGCACUUUGCCGACCAGAAAUUCGGCGUCCAAAAAAUGCAGGAGCCUUUAGAUUCCGUGAAUUACUCGUCGAGUACAAAUGUUCCCCGAGGCAAAGAGGAUGAUCUGGAGAAGGAGACCCAACCAAAGGACACUCAGUAUCUCAACGCUAACUGCGUAUUACUUACAUACUUCUCUGGCGAUAUAUCCAGCGUUGUAGAUGAACAUUUUUCCAGAGCUCUAAGUCAGCCAAGUAGUUAUUCCGCAGACAGUUCAGGAACAAAAUCACUAUCAUGGAAAGAUUCAUCACCGAUGUCUCAGAGAAAUUUCCCUCCGUCGUUUUGGAAUAGUGCCUACCAACCUCCCGCAUCAACCUUAUCCAGUACACAUCACGACUUACAAUUCACACCGGAUCCUUACAUUGCCACUUCAAUACAUGGACUUUCUGGGCUUCAUCAUCAAGAUCCUUGGCAUUAUACUAUAUCGUCACAGACUCAUGGCUAUCCUCAUCGCUCCAUGCACGAUUUUGCUUAUUCGACGAUGGCCACCCCUAGUAGAUACAAUCCACAUUAUGGCUCUUUACUCAUGCAACCCUCAAUGUCGGCGGGGCGCCUGGGUGGAUGUGAUAUGACCAAGCCGUCCGAAUCUUGGAGUUCGCGAUAUCACCCCGAUCACCGAUUGGCAUCAGAGUUUUCCUCCAGGGCUCACCUCGAUUCAGGCAUAUCAGGUCUAGAAAAUCCAAAUAGGCGAACCCAGCAAGGAUUUAUACUGGUUUUAAUUGCGGUGUCACCUUGGCAAUAAAUAUGGUGUCCAGCACAGACUUUCCACGGCAGCAUUAUCGUAUAAACGGAGUGCAAGACAUGGCAACUUGUGUGCACGUGAGAACGGCGUGUUCAUUGACAGGUAGUCUUGACAACGGACGCGACAGGAACUAGCGUGAUACAUGACGGUAGUCAUGGUUUCUCACGCGCAUCAUCGUGUCCAGCCCAGAUGUCACGUGACAUGUUUCUGUGACGUCACGAUGGUGUUGCUGCUGUGUUCAGCGAAUAUUCAUGCAUAAGUGUUAAGGCGAUCUUCUUUUUUUUUUAAUUUUCUCUUGCCUCCAAAAAUUGAAGAGGAUUCGUUAUACAAUCAACUGUGCUCAGCUUAGAUGUAUUUAUAUGAGAUAAACUUAUUUUUGAUGUCAAUGACGGCGAUGGACAUUGCGAUAACUGCAACGCGUGUGUCCGUCAUUACAGGCUGUAAAUAGGAACUAUAUCAAGGGACAUACGUGUUAUGUGUACAGAAAUUUUGUCUUGUAUAGCAGAUAUGAGAUUUCAUGUGUCCACGUGUUUUACCACUGGGUACAAAUUCACAAAAGAUCUCCUCCAAAUAUGGAUAUUGUUUUAGGAUUUUGCUGAAGACAGCUUCAAUCCCGGUUUACACCGGCUCGGUGGCCUCCAAGAGACCACGUGACUUAUCGUCUGUCUCGUGCUGACUGAUUCACUUCUAACCCUCGUGUUCAUUAUACAUUGUUUCGUCUCGUCAUUUUACAUAUGUUGUCAUCAAGAGAAUUAAAAUUAUUGAAGCAUCUUA